CCUGGCCCCGUUACCUCGGGGCUGAUAGACUGACGGCCAACACUGCCGACUCCGCGAUGGACGCACAGACAGUAUUCUGAAAUCUCAAGAAGGUGGCUCAUUUAAAUGUUCAUGACCCAUGAGAAAGGCAUCUAAGGAGCCAUGGCACUCCCUUUUCAGAAAGAGCUGGAGAAAUACAAGAACAUUGACGAAGAUGAGCUUCUUGGCAAACUCUCAGAAGAGGAACUGAAACAGUUGGAAAAUGUUCUUGAUGACCUAGAUCCUGAGAGUGCACUGUUGCCAGCUGGAUUCCGGCAGAAGGAUCAGACACAGAAAGCAGCCACCGGCCCGUUUGACCGUGAGCACCUGCUCAUGUACCUGGAGAAAGAGGCUUUGGAACAAAAAGACAGGGAAGACUUUGUGCCCUUCACUGGGGAAAAAAAAGGGAGAGUCUUUAUCCCCAAAGAAAAACCAGUAGAAACUCUCAAAGAAGAAAAAGUGACCCUUGACCCAGAACUGGAAGAAGCUUUGGCCAGUGCCUCUGACACAGAACUGUACGAUCUUGCAGCUGUGCUUGGAGUACACAAUUUGCUCAACAACCCAAAGUAUGAUGAGGAAACAGCAAGUACCAAAAGUGGCAAAGGACCUGUAAGAAAUGUGGUCAAAGGUGAAAAAGUUAAGCCAGUGUUUGAGGAACCACCCAACCCCACGAAUGUGGAAUUAAGUCUGCAGCAGAUGAAAGCCAAUGAUGCCAGCCUACAAGAAGUCAACCUCAAUAACAUUAAGAACAUUCCAAUUCCAACCCUGAAGGAAUUUGCAAAGGCUUUGGAGACCAAUAUUCACGUGAAGAAAUUCAGCUUGGCUGCAACUCGCAGUAAUGACCCUGUGGCAAUUGCUUUUGCAGAUAUGCUGAAAGUAAACAAGACCUUGAAAAGUCUCAACAUUGAAUCCAAUUUCAUUACUGGAACUGGGAUCCUGGCCCUGGUAGAAGCACUGAGAGAAAAUGACACCUUGACAGAAAUCAAGAUUGACAAUCAGAGGCAGCAGCUGGGAACGGCCGUGGAAAUGGAAAUUGCCCAGAUGCUGGAGGAAAACUCAAGGAUCCUCAAGUUUGGAUACCAGUUUACCAAGCAGGGGCCGAGAACGAGGGUGGCAGCUGCCAUCACAAAGAAUAAUGACCUGGUUCGUAAGAAGCGAGUUGAAGGAGACCGGCGGUAAACUUCCAAAGAAGAGGUGAUGGUUCACCACGGCAGCUGUCGUUUGGCCAUUUAGAAACAAACAAAAAUUCUUCUUCUUCCCUAUCGGGACCAUUUUAUUGAAGGUUGUUCAUUUCCGUUAACAUAGAGCUAAUAAUGUAAUUCUUUUCCUUUUUUAAGCAUUUCUUAUUUAUCUUGGAUUUUUAAUAUAUACAACUGUUGUAUUUGUUUGUGGGCCCCUCUGGCAACUUACACAAGUGGACAGUGUUUAGUGAGUAACAAUAACCGAAAAUUACCAUAACCACUUUCGUAUCAGGUUGUCUUGCUUUACUACAUGAAUUUUUUUUUUAAUUACUGAGCAGAAUUUAGCAUAUAAAGUGUGUGUUUAACUGUGGUUAUGAUAGAAGCCUAUCUCUGUUUACAUGCAUAGCUUUGAGUUAGGCUGGAUGCAUCAAAAGUGUUCUACUGACCACAUAUGAAGUUAGUAUUGCCAAUCUUUCCCUGGGUGAGAAAAUGUGACCAACUUAAGCACAAAUUCUCCCUGAGUUCCAGAAA